GAUUAUUUUCUUCCUUUAUAAACACUGUUACUAUUCCAUAAGAAUAAUUUAGCACACCAUCUUUACCCUCUUCUCUCUCAGCUUCCUCUGCUCAAAGCUUAAUUAAGACAUAAAAGCAACUUGAACAAAAGAAUUUCAGAAGAAUUUCAAUCUUCUCCUCUCCUCUUCCCUUUCUUCUUCUUUAAGAGAAAAGGGAAGAAAGCCAAAGAAAAAGAAAUGAACAGAAAAGAGGAGCAGAGAAAGGAGAGGCCAAGCUUCUUCCUUGUAUUUGAAGACUCUUUCUGUGAAGAUGUUUGAUUCCUUAGGCCUAAACACGCGCUUGAAGUUUUUCAGAUUCCCUUCACUUUUCCUUCCUUUUGUAGAAACUCUAUAAUCUCUCGACUCCUUAAAUCCCUUCACCCUUUCCUCCAAGUCCUUCCAAACACAAAUCUUGCUGAGAAAUCUUGCCAACAAAACAUGGUCCCCUUCAUUGUUCUGACCCUGUUCUCUCUUCUAAGCACCACUUGUCAUUCUUCUUUGGUUGACGAUUUUCGUGUCUUGGUCUCACUUAAACGAGGAUUUGAAUUCCCUGAACCUGUAUUGAACACGUGGAAUUUGUCGAAUCCGAGCUCAGUUUGUUCUUGGGUUGGAAUUCAUUGCUCUCGCGGUCGAGUUUCUUCGUUGGACCUGACGGAUUUUAAUCUGUAUGGCUCUGUCUCACCUCAAAUCUCAAAGCUUGAUCAACUCACCAGCUUAUCUCUCGCAGGAAACAACUUUAGCGGUGCCAUUGAGUUGGCCGGCAUGAGUAAUCUUCGGUUUCUUAACAUCUCAAACAACCAAUUCAAUGGUGGUUUGGAUUGGAACUACACGAGUAUUGCAGACUUGGAAGUGUUUGAUGCUUUCGACAACAACUUCACUGCUUUCCUUCCUCUUGGGAUUUUGAACUUGAAGAAACUCAGGCACUUGGAGCUUGGUGGAAACUAUUUCUAUGGCAAAAUACCAACAAGCUAUGGAGAACUAGCGGGGUUGGAGUAUCUUUCGUUGAUGGGAAAUAAUCUUCAAGGAAAAAUCCCAGGUGAGCUAGGCAAUCUUACUAACUUGAGAGAGAUUUACUUGGCGAACUAUAAUGUUUUUGAAGGUGAGAUCCCGGUGGAGCUGAGCAAUUUGGUGAAUCUAGUUCACAUGGAUCUUUCAAGCUGUGGAUUGGAUGGUCCGAUUCCUAACGAGCUUGGAAACUUGAAGCUGCUUAACACUCUCUAUUUGCAUAUCAAUUUCCUUUCAGGCUCCAUCCCAAAGGAGUUGGGAAACUUGACAAACUUGGUGAAUCUUGACCUCUCGUACAAUGCACUCACUGGCGAAAUCCCAUUUGAGUUCAUCAAUCUCAAGCAACUCAACCUCCUAAAUCUCUUCUUGAAUAGACUGCAUGGCUCAAUUCCAGACUACGUUGCAGACUUGCCCAAUUUGGAAACAUUGCAACUGUGGAAGAACAACUUCACCGGCGAGAUUCCCCCCAACCUCGGCAGAAAUGGGAAGCUCCAGCUUCUUGAUUUGUCCUCCAAUAAGCUCACCGGUACAGUCCCGCAAGACCUGUGCUCAUCCAAUCAGUUGAGGAUACUGAUUCUCUUCAAGAAUUUCCUCUUUGGGCCAAUCCCAGAAGGCUUGGGAGCAUGUUAUAGUCUUACCAAAGUGAGGUUGGGUCAGAACUACUUGAAUGGCAGCAUUCCGAUCGGAUUUAUUUACUUGCCUGAGCUGAUCUUAGCAGAGUUUCAAAGCAACUACCUAUCUGGGACAUUAUCAGAAAAUGGUAAUAGCUCCUUGAAACCUGUUAAAUUAGGGCAACUUGAUUUGUCAAACAAUCUCUUUUCAGGUCCAUUGCCAUCUUCACUUUCAAAUUUCUCUUCCCUCCAAACUCUUCUACUCAGUGGAAACAAAUUCUCAGGCCCAAUCCCACCAAUGAUAGGAGAACUCCUUCAAGUACUGAAGCUUGAUCUUAGUAGAAACUCCUUCUCCGGCCCGGUUCCACCUGAAAUAGGCAACUGUUUCCACCUUACAUUUCUUGACAUGAGCCAGAACAACCUCUCCGGUCCAAUCCCAUCAGAUAUGUCCAACAUUCGUAACUUGAACUACUUGAACUUAUCAAGAAAUCACUUGAACCAGACCAUACCAAAAUCCCUUGGUUCCUUGAAAAGCCUCACUGUUGCUGAUUUCUCUUUCAACGAUUUCGCUGGAAAGCUCCCAGAAUCUGGCCAAUUCUCAUUAUUCAAUGCCUCUUCUUUUGCUGGUAAUCCUCUACUUUGCGGUCCUCUCCUUAACAACCCUUGCAAUUUCACCACCGUCACCAACACACCAGGAAAAGCCCCCAGCAAUUUCAAGCUAAUCUUUGCUUUAGGCCUGCUGAUAUGCUCUCUGAUAUUUGCAACUGCUGCCUUAAUCAAGGCCAAGACAUUCAAGAAAAGCAGUUCCGAUUCCUGGAAGUUGACAACCUUCCAAAAGCUUGAAUUCACAGUGACAGACAUAAUUGAAUGUGUGAAAGAUGGCAAUGUAAUUGGAAGAGGAGGAGCUGGGAUUGUUUACCAUGGGAAAAUGCCGAAUGGGGUCGAAAUUGCAGUAAAAAAACUACUUGGUUUUGGCAACAACAGCCACGACCACGGUUUUAGAGCAGAAAUUCAAACACUUGGCAACAUUAGACAUCGAAACAUUGUUAGAUUGCUGGCAUUCUGUUCCAACAAGGACACCAACUUGCUUGUUUACGAGUACAUGAGAAAUGGGAGCUUAGGAGAGGCACUGCAUGGUAAAAAAGGUGCAUUGUUCUUGGGAUGGAACUUGAGGUACAAAAUCGCCAUUGAAGCUGCUAAAGGCCUAUGCUACCUUCACCAUGAUUGUUCUCCGUUGAUUGUUCAUCGAGACGUAAAGUCAAACAACAUCCUCUUGAAUUCCAGCUUCGAAGCUCAUGUAGCUGAUUUCGGACUAGCGAAAUUCUUGGUCGAUGGUGGUGCAUCCCAGUGUAUGUCGGCAAUUGCAGGCUCUUAUGGUUACAUAGCACCUGAAUAUGCAUACACAUUGAAGGUCGAUGAGAAGAGCGACGUGUACAGUUUUGGAGUAGUUCUACUAGAACUUCUCACGGGGAGGAGGCCGGUGGGAGACUUCGGCGAUGGAGUUGACAUUGUACAAUGGAGCAAAAGAGCAACAAACAGUCGCAAAGAAGAUGCCAUGCACAUAGUUGAUCCAAGGCUAACAAUGGUGCCAAAAGACGAAGCCAUGCAUUUAUUUUUCAUUGCAAUGUUAUGUAGCCAAGAAAAUAGCAUCGAACGUCCCACAAUGAGAGAAGUGGUGCAGAUGCUCUCAGAAUUCCCUCGCCACACAUCACCAGAUUGUUACCUAUCUUCGUCUUCUUCAAUUCUCCCCCAACAAAUGAAGAAGAGUGGUACUGAAAAGAAGGAGAUCGUAAAUGGCUUGAAAUAUAAACAGGAUCUUUUGGUUUAAGGCAGUUUUUUUUAAUUAUUAUUACACUUAAAUUGUGUCUGAAAGCUGGCUUGAUUUAGUUACAACCUUUGCCUUGUGCAAAGCAUAUUUUUCCCUUCGAUUUCCUUUUUUUCUUCUUCUUAUUAUUAAUUAUUGACUUAGGUUCUAGGCACAGGAGAUUCCAUGUCCAUAUCGAUAUGUAGGAAUAAUUUACGAUGCACUUCUUGAAUUUAGCUGAGGGAGAGAGAUAGCAAAUCUUAAUGGGACCGUGUUUGUAUUAAUAUAUAUAUAUACUCUUAAUAUACAUGCUUUUUGUUUGAUUUCUUUACAA